AUGGUGACUACAAUUGCUCCAACCCCUCCUCAUGUUGUGGCUGUGCCAGUCAAUCACGAUGACAUAAAUCUUUCUGAAGUUGUUUCUGAGGCAAACCUUGUUAGAAAUCCUAAGGAAUGGUGGGUGGAUACUAGUGCUACUCGCCACUUCUGUGUUGACAAAAAGAUGUUCACAUCUUAUUCUGUGAUGGACAACGGCAAACAACUAUUCAUGGGCAACUCUUCGACUUCAAAAGUUGAAGGAUCGAUUCCAGCCUCUUGUGGGAACCUUACACGAAUCACCAAGUUAUGGUUUAACAAUUUCAGCAGUCAAAUCCCCUCAUCAAUUUCAAACCUUGCAAAGCUUACUCACUUGGAUCUUUCCAAAAACAAUUUGUACGAACAAAUACCAGAUUCCCUUGGCAACAUGAGCCAACUUACUAACUUGGAUCUUUCCAAAAACAAUUUGAACGGUCAAAUACCGGAUUCUCUUGAUUUGAGAAACAAUAAGCUGCAUGGACAAAUUCCAGGACCAGUUUAUGAACUCCAAAACCUAACAUACUUGCUGCUUUCAUCAAAUAACUUAUGUGGUGUAGUGGAGUUAGAUAAGCUUCUAAAGCUUAAAAAUCUGACCUAUCUUAAUCUCUCAUAUAAUGGUCUCUCAUUAAGCAUCAACAAUAGUGUCAACUCUACCUUGACCAACUUUGACACUAUAGGAUUAGCUUCUUGCAACUUGAGCGAAUUUCCAAACUUCUUGAGAGAACAAACUGGAUUGUUUUCUCUAGAUUUUCAAACAAUAAAAUUCAUGGUGCUUGUCUUGAGGUUUAAUAGGUUUCAUGGUCACAUAGGCACCUUCAAGACCAAGGGCAAACAUCUUUUCCCUAAGUUGAGAAUUAUUGACAUAUCUUACAAUGAGUUCACUAGGCUUUUGACAACAUACUAUAUCAAACAAUUUGAAGCUAUGAUGAAUGUGGAUGAACAUGAAAUGAAACUGAAAUACACGGGUGAGACUUAUUACCAAUAUUCUAUGGUGGUGGUGGUGGUGAUGAUGAAAGGAUUGGAGAUUGAAUAUUCAAGAAUCUUAACAGUCUUCUCAAUUAUUGAUUUAUCAAGUAACAAAUUCCAAGGAGAGAUUCUGAAAUCCAUUGAGAAACUUAAUUCACUUUGA